CCUACAUCUGGAUUACUGGAAAACAGAAGGGAUGAUACUACCAGAGAAGAUAUCUCUUAUAAAAGUGCCAAUGGAAAACCCAAACUUUACGCACGGAUCUCCUACCAUUAACGAAACACUGGUUCACCAGACAGGGAUCGCUUUACCAAUUUUUAUGUUUGCUGGAGGCGCCAUUGGGAAUUUAAUUGCAAUAAUCGUUCUUUCAGUAUCAAGACAGGACAGAAAAUCCUCAGCUUUCUACAGACUGGUGUGCGGUCUGGCUGUGACAGACCUGCUGGGCACCUGCUUGGCUAGCCCGCUCACUAUAGCCAAUUACCUGGACCACAAUGUGCUGAAAAACGAACAUGUCUGCGAAUUUUACUCCUUUUUGUUGCUGUUUUUUGCCUUGACAGGACUGAGCAUUAUCUGCGCCAUGGCAGCUGAGCGGUAUCUCGCCAUAUGUUGCCCGUACACCUAUGAGCGAUGGGGGGUGGACAGACGCUUUGCGCAAAAGUUUCUUUUCUUUAUUUACACCAGUAACAUUUUCUUCUGCUGCCUUCCGAUGAUGGGCAUGGCGAGGAGCGAGCUGCAGCCAUCCGGGACCUGGUGCUUCAUCGACUGGAGGACAAACGAGCCUGUCGCCGCCGCUUACUCCGUCCUGUACGGCGUCGUCAGUGUCCUGCUCAUCCUGGGGACCAUUGUACUAAAUCUGGCGGUGUGCGGAGCGCUGCUGCUGAUGCGGCAGAAGAUUGUGCAACGGCCCGUCACCAGAACCAGCGUUCGGGAGAGGUGGAGGGCUCUGUCCUCGGCAGCAGAGAUGCAGAUAAUGACGGUACUGGUGAUGACCUCCGCGGUUGUGCUUGCCUGUUCAGCCCCGCUAGUGGUCCGUGUGUUUGCCAACCGAUUCAAAAUCGACCCCACAGCAGACUUAACUGCCAUCAGGAUGGCCUCAGUUAACCCCAUCCUCGAUCCCUGGAUCUACAUCCUGCUCAGGAGGUCUCUGUUUCGACGGUUAAUCCGUUUAUCCAGACAAGGAAGCAGCACUCCCAGUACUUCCUCCACUGCGCCACAAAGGAAUAUGUUUUAUCCAGAUAUCAUGAGGGACAGCCAUGUCUUCACGCAACUCAUGUGCAAUGCAAACAUCAUCUCUCAGCUGCCUGCUGUCAAAUUCACCCCAUACAACACAGAAAGCCUCCACCAGACUUAAAGCAUUGCAGACCGAACACAUGCUUCACAUCUAUGAAUGUUUGUUGCUUUGUGAUGCUGCAAGCAACUUGACACAGAGCCACAAACUGUUUCAGAGCUGUUGCCAGUGAGACGGAAACAUAGUGGUGACUUUGUGGCUGGACAGUGCCCACAGAGUUCAUGGAGAAUUAUGAAGUAAAUAAAACUAAACUUUCUCCAAUUUCAUCUGCAACGCAACAGGCCUAACAAGAACAGACUACGGUGUAAUUAUGGAAGUAAAACAAUAAGACACCACUCUGCCUUUAGCAUCCUGCCUCUCCUUCUUCACUCAGUGCCUCUCCUCGUCCAUUCAGAGAUCUGGAUUCUUCCUUUCCCUCGUCUGUAUAAUGUUGCAUAGUUUCCUUCUCCACUCAUCUCCUGCCCUCUCACCCUCCCUCCACUUGAUCAGUCCAGUUUGUGUCCAUUUUGUUUUGUGAAUUAACCAGGUGGAAGCUACAGAACUACAGAACAGCUCCUGCAGGUUGAUCUAUAGCUCAUUUCAUCUUGUGGUGGGGUUCAGUUGACCUGUGACUCCUGGUAAAUGCCUUGUUUUUAUAUAGCAGUGCAUGGACAUUGAAAGAUUGAGAUAAGACUCAUCACAACUGUAUUCAUUCAAUAAGACUUUCGGGUGAUUAAUGAAAACCAGAUUUAAGCCUACAUAAUUACUGUUUUUACAGUGUUGCUCUAUAUGCUGCUCUGUGUAAACUGUAGCUAGUUGUACUGUUAAUUAGUGUUAUAGUACUUGAGUCCAGGACUCAGGGACUGGUCUGACUUGAGCCCUAAUUUUCAGGACUCUUGAUUCAACUUGGACUUCGCUGAUGACUUGAGCAUUGACUGCAUUCAAACUCGGAAGUCGGAGACUCAGACUUAGACUUCUUCUUCUUCUUUUUUGAUAACAGGCCAUAAUAAUUUGGCAUGAGAUUUGGACACUGAUAUCCACACUGUUCACUUUUAAGUAGUGUGUGUGUGCAUUUGUUUGGCUAAUGUGUCACACACAAUAAGGAAAUGUUUUCGAAUGGUGAGAGCUGUGUCAGUUGUGUUUAAUGUAGCGCUAGAUGACUCUGACUCGGGAGGUUCGAUUGACUUGACUCUGACUAUUCUUUGGUGACUCGGACUUGAACACUGGGAACAUGAGACUCGACUCAGACUCCAGGUUUAGUGACCCAGCUGCAUCACUGCUGUUAAUAUCAGAAGAAAAUAAGUCAAUGCUUUAUUUUACAUGUCUGCUAUUACCUAAUGAGUUUCCUGGGAAGAAGCAUGUAGUUUGGUACAGAAAGAAAACAAAGUUGUGAGACUGUUAUCGUGGCUAGCUGUGUUGAGAUUAUUGUCUUCCAGAUGAUAGAAAUUGCUCCAUUGAUACCCCAGUGCAUAUUUAUUACUUAUUCAUUAAUGCUGAAGUGUAUGUUUGUAGAGACAUUUUGCACACUAGGUUACAAUUCAGAAAUAACUGUUACUGUACCAACUGACUGCUCUCUGUUUUACUGAUAAUCUAAGCAAAUCCUAUGGUUUUGGCUAGGAAAUGUAUAAAAUGGAAUUUAUGAACCCGUCAAAUAAGUGUAUGAUGGAGCAGAUACAUUUAAACCUCAUGUGAUGAUCUCUGCUUUCUGCUAUCCAGUUUCUCCGUUUGAUCUGCACCGUUAAGCAUCUGGCUGGUCCCUCCAUCACACCCCUAUGACAAAUUUCACUCCACCAUGUUGUCCUGGGAGUGUACAGGGUUGAGGACAGAAGCCUGUGGUUUUCAGUUGUGUUUAUGACUCAGGUUCAGGUUCAAUACUAAUACCAGAAUUGGGCCUUUUAGAUUGUGCGCGCAAUGAAACUGUAUUAA